GGAAGCAGCCCAGGCUGCAGGCACCACAGGUGGCAGGGACGUCACAGUAAGUGGCCCACCAGGGAGUGGCAGUGGCCUCCAUCCUCCCUGCUCAGCCACAGCCCCUGCUUCAGUGCCUGCCAGUCCAACUGUCAACUCAUCCACUCAACUUUACAACUGGAAUGUGGGGGCAUUCAGGGCCCUGCCACAGGUGACGGCCACUCUAAGUCCUACCUGGUGCUGGGUAGGUCCUUUAAGAGGCCCAAGUCCUGGGCGCUGCUGUGAGGUUCCCUACAUGCACAGAGUGAUGGCUUGUGCCUGGUCUAGGUGAGCCCACUCAGUGUAGGUGGCACAGCCUAAUCUAGGAACUGCCCUGCAUUUCUAUGUGGCUCUCAGCAGCUCAGUGAGCGUCCUCUGCACUGGGCGUGUCCCUCAGGUGCUCCUAGCCAGAACCACCCUUGACACAGUAGGGCACAAAGCACUACAGGAGUGGCACUGGCACCCGAGUGUACAAGUGUCAGCAUCCCUGCUGCCUUCCCCACCCCUAGCUGUCCCCACCUGCUGAUUCUGCCCCUGGGGUCACCCUUACUAUUCAGGGUCCCGUCAGGAGACAGAAAUCAUGUGAGUGACAUCAGCUCCUCAUAUGUAGGUGUUGGGAAAAGGGCUUGUGGGGUGCCUGUAUAAACUGGCCAUAAAAAUAUGGGACAAUAAGUUGUGGAAAGCCACAAGAGGCCUCUGAGGAGGAAAGCCUCUUAAUUGCCAUCAUGUUCCCAUGCUCAGAGCAAGACCCGCUCUCUCAUCUGUAAACACUGUGUUCAAGGAGAAAGACACUUCUUUGAAACACUGGAAGGUGGACAGACAUGCAGGCUCCUAGUUAAGCGGCUCCCACUAGCUCCUCUCCGAUAAGUUAAAGAUACGCUGUUUGAGCACAAAGGAGAUUCAUUUAAACCGCUGUUGCUAUAGAUUACGCCUAUGAUGCACUGCCACCCUUUCACUGUUUCGCCCUGAACAUCUGCAUCUUAGAUCUAAGUGAUUGUACUCAAUAAAUAGUGAGGAGACCAGAGCUCGGCGCCUUUUUCAGCUUCCACAUUUUGCACUGGCCCCCUGGCUCCCCACUUUUCACUCUUAACUUGUCUCUUCUCAAUGCUUUGUUGCCACCAGACUUCGGGUACCCUACAGGUGGUGUUGAGGCUGGCCUCCCACAUGUAGAGUCCCUUCACUGUGUCACAUGUGUCCCUAACACACUUGCUACAUCUCAUGUCCUUUAGGUUCGGUGCUUUACUCCAGAUAAUGUUACUUGAAUCUAAAUUACAGUUUACUAAUUUCUCAAAAGCUGCACCUAAUGUGCUAUCCAUUCAGACAAACACACUCGCUUAGCAAAUGUUUGUUGAGCCAGUACUCAGUGGCAGAUUCUGUGGUAGGGCAUGCCAAGUGCAGACACAUGUUUGCCAAGACACAGGGUCACAUGUGCAUGCACACUUGGACCUGCAGGCUCACAGCAGUGCUCAGCCUGCUCCCAAUCCCAAUGUCCAGGGAGGACAGAGAAUGUCACAACACCCAACCCCUCCCACUGCAUGCUGAGCCCAGUUCCUGAUACGCUGCCACCACGACAGCAUGGCCCAGGGCUGAAGGUCUCUCUGCAGACCUGUCCUGACCACAUUCACACACACACACACACACACGCAUAUACACAAGAGGCGUGUCCCUUGUUCAGAUAUACAUAAAGCUCACCCAUCGCCAAAUUCCCUGCCUGUGCCUGCUGGGACCAGACUCCGCUGUCAUGAGGGUGACAUCUGCCCCCUGUGCUCUUCUGCUGGCUCUGAUCUGCAGCGUCCAGCUGGGGGAUGCCUGCCUGGCUAUCGAUAAACUGCUUGGGAAUGUUGUGUUUGAUGUCUCUCAAGACCUCCUGAAGGAGGAGCUUGCUCCUUAUAACCCCAGCCCCCUGACCGAGGAGUCCUUCCUCAAGAUCCAGCAAUGCUUUGCCAAUGUCUCCGUGAAAGAAAGAUUUGCUCAUUCAUUUGUUAUUACGAAGAUCCUUCAGAGCCCCGAUUGCGUAGAUGCAUCCUGAUCUGAGGACCCCUGCAGAUCAGAUAUUGGUCCUCCUGCCUUCCUUCGGGCUCCCCACGUUCCUGACCUGGCUCUGUUUAUCACUACAGAGACCCCAAUAAACACCUGCAGCUCA